AUGACAAAUUUGUCAGAACCACCCGAUGGGAUCCAUGGGUAUCAUGGCAACAACCUCGCCGUGCGGAUAUUGAUGAUUGUCUUUACCUCCAUCGCAUUAUACAACGCCAUUGAAUUGUUCAUAUUGUUGUUUCUGACUUUCACUCAUUACCGCGGCCUCUACUUUUGGACACUUUUACUCUCGGUUGUUCUGGGAGUGAUCCCCCAUGCCAUUGGAUAUCUGUUGGAGUUCUUUUCUCUCGCGCCGGUAUGGGUUUCUCUGACUAUCACCACCAUUGGGUUUUAUGUGAUGGUACCGGGUCAAUCCGUGGUCCUAUACUCUCGGCUACAUUUGGUAGUCCAGAGUAAUACGAUAUUGCGCUUUGUUCUUUGGUUGAUCAUCGUCGACGCAGUCAUCCUUUUGGUGCCAACGACCGUCUUCACUUUUUGUACCGCAUACGUUGGUUCCCCGAUAGUCAUUCGGGGAUACAAUGUCAUGGAGAGAAUGCAACUGGCAUGGUUUUGCGCCCAGGAGAUGAUCAUCUCGGGCAUCUACAUUGUUGAGACCGUGCGAUUGCUCAAGAUGAUGCCAGACAAAGAUCGUCGACGAAGCAGGAUCAUGUACGAGUUGUUGGCGAUCAAUUUCGUCAUCAUCAUUCUUGACAUUGGCCUCCUCGUCGUGGAAUACAUUGGCUUUUACUCGUUACAGACAACUUUGAAGCCUAUGGUGUACAGCAUCAAGCUGAAGCUGGAGUUCGGUGUUCUGGGGAAGUUGGUUGCACUUGUACAAACAUCUCGAUCGCAACCUACCUCGUCCGAAAACGAAGAAUAUCCUGGCUUUGUGGAUCCCACCCAGCUUACGACAGAUGUUACCCACGCUGCCCCACGAGAAUCCCGAUCGAAGGGACGCAGGGGAUGGAACACAAUGUCUGUGGAAAGCUUGCCUAUGUCCGAGCGCAGGAUCCGGCCCUCUACACGAUCAACCAAUAACAGCCCGCAUCCCUCAUGA